GGUACAUCACAUAACACUGGUCUGAGAAGUGUAAGCAUCUCUAUUCAAACUCGUCGAAAUAUUUAAGUUGGCAGUGAACAGCACAGCGAAUAUGGUGGCAUCGAAAACGGGUUAAUGGUGUAGGAAAUUUAAUUUGACAUGGGUUUGCAGUUGGAAAUAACAGUUUUAUUCUUAAACCUUGUACAUUUGGUUCAAAUGACACAAAGACUAGGAAGGCUGGCUGGCAAUGUGACAAGUAAUUCUACUACAUCGCACUCGAAUAGCGAUGGCCAUAGCGUUACCUCAAAAAUAACGAUAGCGGUGGCUCUGGGUGUGGGCUUAACUGCUUUAAUAAUCAGCUGCAUCGGAAUUUUCCUUUGUCGAGGAUAUUUUGAGCAAAAGAGAUUUACGAAUCACAGGCAGUUGCUUAAAAUGGAGCGAUUAAAUAAGAAUGUCACAUCCUCGGAAAGUAAACUGGAAAAUGAACAAUCGAAGGAUUUUACUGAGGAAGUUUUAUGAUAAAUAUAAAUAAGCGUUGAUCUAUAUAUAGUAUUUAAACAACGCCCAAUUCAUCAGAAAAAAUAUCUAUGAGUAGUACUCUUUCCAGGUAGCUGGUCUGUCUGUGAGAAAAAUGCCUGGAACUAGCAGCCGUAUUUCUUUAUCAAAACUAACUAGAAUUUCCAAUCAGUUCAAACUUAGCAAUUAUACUUAGAAAUAGAUGAUACAAUUAUUUUUAAAAAUUGACUGUAACGUAUACAAAAUAUGAAGCAUUUGUUCACCGAAUAGUAGGUUUCUUUUUGACAAACUGGUCCCGGAACUAUGCUGUUUUUCUAUCACAUGCAUGGAUGGUUUAGAAAUACUAGUGUGCUCAGUAUCAUAUAGACAGAGCUCAUAUAC